AUUCAGUUCCAAACGAAGUGGUUUCCCAAACUGUGUGGUGCUAAAAUUUUCACACGCGUUAGCCAAACAGAUCAUGAGCAAAAAAUGUGCCAUCCGGAGAAAGUUUUAUGUUUGUUGUUGAUUGUCACAACAGUGUUUAGUGCUUUCGAUCAGAUUGACGCAGUAGUACUCAGUUGUGUUCAGUGCACGGAUUGUCCUGAAGAAGCAAGUGCCAUCGAAACUACCGUCCCAUGCGGCUUCGUCAAUGUGAACAUCAAUUGUGCAAUUUUUAAAAAUGAAAUCGGCUCUGUAGAUCGUGGAUGUCAAAACAGUGCGAAUCCUGAUACCAUUAUACGGUCCUGUAAUUCCCCCAGAUGCAAUAUAGAUCGUGCACCAAUUUGUGAAAAAUGUUCCGAUUUGACACAAUGCACACCAAUAGCGUGUGACCAUCUAGGUGACGAAUGUUAUACGAGUACAUCAGAUGAGCGCCGAGGCUGCACUUCGGAUUCCGUUUACGAUUCAACAUCUGCAGAUUUUGAAACAUGUUCGACGAAUAGGUGUAAUCGAGUUGUUCAGUGUGUCAAAUGCGAUUCAAAUGAAGCAACCCACUCGAACUGCUUGGAUGAGCCCGAAACAUUCAUUGCACCGUGCGAGAAGCAUGGAACAAUUAAGGAAGACAAUUGCUAUCGACACGUCGACGGAGAACAGUUUCAGCUAGGUUGCAUCUCUGACACCAAUUUCCCACCAACAUGUGGCGAUCAAGGUUAUCCCUGCCGAAAAUGCGAAGAUGACAAUUGCAAUGCAAAAGAUUUCCAGACAUGCUACGUAUGUUCUGAUAAUACUAACUGCGCAGAUGUUCAAACAAAUCAAAAUACACUGAUUUGUGCUGAAUACAACUCUGAAUGUUUUAUGGCAUAUACGUACUCAACCAAAAUGAUAGAACGUGGCUGUUUAGAAGAUUUACCAGACACAUUUUAUGAGGACAUAACCGUUACAUGUGCAACCCCAAACUGUAAUCAAGAAGAAUUUCCAGAUAAAUCAACACAUCUUAAAUGUUACCAGGAUACGUUAGGUGAAGUCGAGUACUGCAAAUCACCGGACGCGACCAAAUGCUUCACAUUGGAAGACGAAAGCGGAAAUUCACUACGAGGCUGUAAUACUGACGACGGUUUUGCAGAACUUUGUAGGGAAGGUGACAAUUGUGUAGUUUGCGAUACAAGCGAGUGUAACUCUCCUACGGAAUGCGUGAUUUGCAGCGGGUCAGAAUCAUGUCGGGAUGAACCACUGAAACGAGCUUGUGCAGAAUCAAAGUUGUCCAACGAAUGUUACACGUACCUUGAUAAAGCUAACUUAGAGAAAGGUUGUCUCGGUGAACUGAUGAACGGCGAUACCACAUCGAACGUAUAUGAGGCUUGCAGUUCCGAUAAUUCACUAUGUAAUAAAUGUUUCGGACCUCACUGCAAUGAAGUUCAUUGUUUAAAAUGCGAUUCCGCUGAAGACGACACAUGUGUGGAAGGAGAUCCAGAUUCUAUCGCCUUUGAAGCAUGCUUGCCCGACGACAGGUGUCUGAUGUUCAAAGACGAACAAGGAUACACAAAACGAGGCUGCUCUAGUAAUUUUGACGGAUCGGAUGAAGAAGGCACAGAUCCGGGCUACAAUUUUGGGUUGGUUCCUAGCGAUGCGAUCAAAUGCUACCAGUGCACGGAAGACUGCGUUGAUACCGAUGAAAGUCAGCUAAAAUAUUGCAGCUCCAAUAGCGUGUUGGGAUGUUACUACAUAUUCGACGGAGUGUCCAUUACGAGUCGGGGUUGUUUAUCGGAAGAAGGAUUAGAUUGCGAUGGCGAUCAGUAUUGCAAUAGUUGCACAGGAACAGAUGGCUGCAAUUCGAAUACAAUAAUUGAGUGCUAUCACUGCAGUUUCGAUGAAGCAACACAAGACUGUAUCACGAGCGGAAGCACUGAAACCUGUUCUACGACUGGCGACUGCGUAGUUUACAUCGAUAAUGAAGGAAAGUUUGUACGGGGAUGCGAGAGUGAUUUACCUACAGAGGCAACGUGCGCAAAGACAUGCAGCGACAAUAUGUGCAACAAGAACGAUGUUUGCGAUGCUUCGAUUGACUGCUACGGAAUAUGUAGCGCAGUUAUGCCUGAAGAAAAAUGUGUACGCUAUCAAAAUGUGAAUCAAGUGCACACGGGGUGCAAUGAAUUUAGGGAAGAGAUUUGCGAUCUAGAUGAUGAACAUUGCUACGUGUGUGAUCAAAAUCUAUGCAAUCGAGCAGCUGUUGCGGAGUGUUACGACUGCACGAACUGCCCUAUUAUCGAGCCCCAACAUCGAACUAUACUUUGCGAAAAUAUCAACGAUAACUGCUACACGGCCACAGAGAACCCGAGUGGACAGGUGAUUCGUGGAUGCUUUAGCGAUAAAAAGGAUGAGUUAACUGGCUUGGAAACAUGCGUGGGAGCUGCUUGCAAUAAAGCUCCAUUGGUGGAAGGCAACUCAUGUUAUCAGUGUACGGAUUGCAGUACUACUGAUGGACGAACUCCCACUAGUUGUGGCAAUCCACGUUUUGAAGGAUGCUACACUGCGCAAGAUCUAACGGAGCGUACAAUAUCUCGUGGUUGCAAGACGGAUGCUGAUUAUUCAGAAAAAUGUCAAAAAUUCAACUGUUUGGAAUGUGUCGGAGAAGACUGCAAUACAGACCAGGUUAGACCGCAGCCAUUAUGGUGUUCAUCGUGUUUUGAGGCUGAUUGUUUCGACUACACAGCUCCGAAGCCCUGCAAAGAAGGAAUGCUUGUUGAUUACUGCAUAGAAUAUGUUGUGUUUAAUAUUCCCAUUUAUAAAGGGUGUCUAAGCGACGGCAUUCCGCCUGAGAUUGAAUCUGAUUGUAAUGGCGACGAAAGAUUUUGUAAACUAUGCGAUAAAAACUACUGUAAUACUCCUAAUCUAUCCUGUUAUGAGUGUACAAGUCUACAGGGCUUCGAUUGCAUAACAAAACCAGAUAUCUUGGGAAAUACAAAAGAAUGUGGUGGUCUUGCACAUUGCUAUACUAGCGUAGAUAAGGAAACUGGUGUUCUAAGUCGGGGCUGUUCCACCGAAGGCACUGCUGAGUGCAUCGAAGGUCCUCUGUGUAAAAAUUGUCAAGAUCACAACUGCAAUGUCGAUGUGGUACCUAACGAUCGUUUGUAUUGCUACCAGUGUGAAGGGCUCAAUUGUCUAAAUCCCACCAACUCGGAACCUUGUCAAAUCUACGAAGCUGAUCAAAAAUGCUUCACUUACGCAGAAGACGCAAUUACUGUCUAUCGAGGAUGCUCCAAUGACAAUUUUGCGCGCCAAUGUGAUGAAAAACCAUGCGUUUUCUGUCCUGGUAGAGGUUGUAAUGAUGAGCCAACAAUUGUGCCGAAUACACUUUCCUGUAUUCAAUGCAUCCGUAAUAGUGAUUGUGAUGGAAAAGCUUUCGGGGAAAAGUGUACCAAAGACCUACUCUUGGGACGAUCCGACAGUUGUUACACGCAAUAUCAUUCAACAGCUGUUCCAAUCGAAAAAGGAUGCUUAUCUGAUCUGACUGAAUCACACCCUUGCAUGCAAGGCAGCCUCAACUGCAAUAUUUGCUCAGGGGACGAUUGCAAUCGAGGGAAAGCAAUUUGUUAUGAGUGUGACUCGGAGCAGGACAACGACUGUUCGCAGAUAUCGAACGAGACAUUCACAUCCGAAUGCACCGGCGAGUGUGUGACCCUGGUAGAUGACUACACUAAACGGGGCUGCAUAGAAGAUUUCCCAGAAUUGGAAGUAGUCAAUUGUGAAAAUUCAGAAUAUUGUGAGAUCUGUCAAGGGAAGCAAUGCAACAGCGGAAUACUGCCCGACACUCGUACACAGUGCUACGUCUGUGAAGGCUCAGAGUGCGUCGAACCUUCAGCCGAAUUGUUGAAAGCUUGCACCAGAUACAGGGAGGACGACCAUUGUUACACAAACGUUGUAAACGCAUCUUGGGUUCAGCGAGACUGUUGGUCCAGUCUAGAAAACGAAAAUUGUGGCGAUUACUGUCAGUCAUGCGUUGUACCUGGAUGCAACAACCAAGGAGUUAUGCAACCGAACACUCUCACCUGCAUCAAAUGUGAAGAUGGGGAAUGUGUUGGAAAAGUCGAUGGUAGUAAAUGUACUUCACCGAUUAUGUUAGGAAGACAGGAUUGGUGUUACACAUUUGAAAGUAAAGGAAAGCUUUCGAAAGGAUGCCUAAGCGAUUUGGAGGAAAAUGAGUCUAUAAAGGAUGCGUGUACAAACGAUGUAGAUGAAUUAUGUGUGGUAUGCAGCAAUGACAACUGCAAUGGAGAUUUUCCGUACUGUAUCACUUGUGAUUCUGAGAAUGAUGCUAGCUGUGGCGGAUACUUGGCAAAAGUACCUGAUAGUAUGAGGACGCUCUGUGAAGAACGGAAUUGCAUAACCUACGUUGACGAAAAUGGCUAUACGCGGAAAGGGUGUGCCGACGAGACAAACUUUUGUGAAGACAAAGAACAUUGCGUUGAAUGUGCUGAGCCUAUGUGUAACAAUGCAGCUUUUCCGGAAGGCCGUAUUCUAUGCCACCAGUGUGAAAACUGUGGAUUGGAUAGGCCAAUCGGUGCGCCACUUACGUGUCGUCAGUAUGAUGCAUCGGACUCCUGUUAUGUGGACGUUACUGACUUACCGAUUAAUCGAGGAUGCGUAUCGGAUGCACAAGUAACAUGUGACCCAGAUAGCUGUUUGACUUGCACCACCAAUGGAUGUAAUGAUCAGCCAUAUGAAUACGAGAGUUCGCUUUCCUGUAUCCAAUGCAUGGGAGCACGAGAUUGUGAGAGUGCGAGUGUGCCAAGUGCCUGCGACGGAUUGACUAUUCUAGGGCAGGCAGAUGAGUGCUUCAGUCUUGAAGUGAACGGUGAAGUCAUUCAAAAGGGCUGCCGAAGGACCUUUGAUGUAGAUUGUGAGGAACCGGAUUGCAACACUUGCAGUUGUAAUGGAUGUAAUUUCGCAAAUAAGAAAGACAUUACUUGUGCCAAGUGCUCUGGAAAUGAUUGUGGAAACGCAAUUCCUGGAGGUAGCACAUGCUUAGGCACAGGUUGUAUUUCAUAUGUAUCAAGAGAUGGAAUCGUGUCUCGUGGUUGUCUGGAAGACUUUCAAAAUGAAUGUUCUAGCUUUGGGAGUAAGCAUAAGACAUGCUUUGCUGAUAACUGCAAUAUAAAUAUCUUCCCUGAAGAUAGAAUUUUGUGUCACCGCUGUGAAAAUUGUUUGGAGAAUAUUGGAAGCCCUGAAAUAUGUCCCACCUAUGUGGAGAAUGAUAACUGUUACACUGCACAAUCUGUCGAUGGCCAAUCGGUUUCCCGUGGAUGCCAAUCCGAAUUGCUAACUAAUUGUGUUGAACCACUUUGCAGCCUCUGUGAUGAAUCUGGAUGCAAUAGUAGAAAUCCUCUCGAUCCUGGAACAACUGAAACUCCGGAAAUAACGCCCACAAGCACCGUUACGAAUGAGAUAACAACUACUCUUUCAAAUGAAGUAUCCACAACUCCCGCACCGACUUUUUUGUCGUGUCUACGCUGCCAAGAAUCCAGUGACGACGCUUCAUGCGCAUGGGGCUUCCAAACGAGUGCAGCCGAGCAGUGUUCUUCGGAACAUGCAACUGGUUGUUUCACUUGCCAAAAGGAUAGCCUCACCAUCCGUGGAUGCUCUUCAGAAGACGCUCAGAGUUCGUGCACAUUAGAACCUGAAACGUGCAGAGAAGAUGGCUGCAACAAUAAAAACCACCGGACUCAACGUUGUGCCGAUGGUACAGGCUCUUCCUACACUGUAAAGGAUUGCGAGGGAAUUGUGGAGUAUGACAAACGUGGAUGCUAUAUCUUGAGAAGCGGCUUAGGCGUUGUAGUCAAUCGAGGAUGCUAUGCAAAGCUUACCGAAGAACAGAUACAAACUUGCAGCACCGACAGAAAUAUUUGUUAUAUAUGUACGGAGGAUGGCUGCAAUUCAGGUUUCAUGGUACGCGUGCUGAACAGUUUGAUUGUGAUAGUUGUCGUAUUGGGACUUGCAAGAAAUAUAACAUUGUAGUUAACAAAUAAUUGAAAUUUAUAGAUACAAGCAUUUAUGUUUUAUGCAAUUUACAGCACUUAUGUUUAUGUUAAAGAUUAAUUAUGUUUUUUUUAAAUUAAAUUAAAGUGACAGACACAAA